AUCAAUUGAAAGCGAUAAGAAAGUUGAGGAAGAAGAGGAGGAGGAGAGAGGUCUUAAAUAAAUAAAUAAAUAAAAGCAUUGUGGAUUGAAAUUCUUCAUCAUCAUCAUGUUCAUCCCAAUGCCAUAUUAAUAUGAAUGAAUGAAUAAAUCCCUCUCUAAUUAGUAGUAGUAUUAGUUAAUAUCGACGACGAAUAAUCCCAAUGCAUUGUUAUCCGAGGAGAAGGCUCGAGAGGAAGAAGAAGAAGAAGGACACUUGUAUUUUGUGGUGCGAUUUGUAUUGUUAUUAUUAUUACAACUGCACCGAAUCUGAUGGUGAGGGCACCCAUGCAACAACACAAUCCCUACUUAAUUAAAUGGAGCGCUCCAAUUUCUUCUAGGGUUCCCAGGGGCUGCGGAGGCGAUGAUGCAGCUUCACUUCUCAUCUAGCAUGAGAAGUAUAACGAUUUCGAGCACCAAUGGCUUUUCUGACUUGAUGAAGAUCAAGGUUGCAGCUCGCCACAUCUCUUAUCGCACUCUCUUCUACACGGUUCUCAUUCUUGCAUUCCUCUUGCCCUUCGUCUUCAUCCUCACCGCUCUUGUUACCCUAGAAGGCGUCAAUAAGUGCUCCUCCAUAGGUAAUCAAUCCCUUUUUUAUUCAUUCAUUCAUUCAUUCAUUCAUCUUCUUUGCUGCUGCUGCUGCUGCUUCUGGGAUCUAGAUCAUUCAUUCAUUCCUUUGCUUUGCUUUGCUUCUGUAGAUUGUUUGGGAAGGCGUUUAGGACCAAAGCUCCUUGGGAGAGGUGAUGAUUCAGGGAAACUGGUCAGAGACUUCUACAAGAUUCUUAAUCAAGUCAGCACCAAGGAAAUCCCAAAUGGUCUGAAAUUACCAGACACAUAUAGUCAGCUUGUUUCCGAAAUGAAAAACAAGAAAUAUAAUGCAAAAGAUUUUGCUCAUAUAUUGAAAGGAAUGAUGGAAGGAUAUGAGAGGCAACUCCGGGAGUCAAAGUUCUCAGAAUUGACCAACAAACACUUUGCUGCAAGCUCCGUACCCAAGGGCAUACAUUGUCUUUCAUUGCGGUUGACGGACGAGUAUUCAUCGAAUGCCAAUGCACGGAGGCAGUUACCUUCCCCUGAACUGCUCCCUUUGCUUUCAGACAAUUCAUACUAUCACUACGUGAUAUCAACAGAUAAUGUGCUAGCAGCUGCAGUAGUCGUUACAUCUAUCAUACAGGCUUCCCAGCACCCUGGAAAGAUAGUUAUUCACGUGAUCACCGACAAGAAAACUUAUGCUGCCAUGCACACAUGGUUUGCUUUAAAUCUUGUAUCACCAGCUAUUUUGGAAGUUAAAGGUGUUCAUCAGUUUGACUGGUUAACACGUGAGAAUGUACCUGUACUUGAAGCUGUAGAAAACCAUCAUGCUAUCAGGAAUUACUACCACGGGAAUCAUGUUGCUGGGGCUAAUCUCAGUGAGAUUACUCCAAAGACAUUUGCUUCAAGAUUGCAGGCUAGAAGCCCAAAGUACAUAUCACUGCUCAACCAUCUCCGAAUAUAUCUGCCCGAGCUUUUUCCAAAUCUGAACAAGGUGGUUUUCUUAGAUGAUGAUGUAGUAAUUCAGCGUGAUCUUUCUCCAUUGUGGGAAAUUGACCUCAAUGAGAAGGUUAAUGGGGCUGUGGAGACAUGUAAAGGUGAAGAUGAGUGGGUAAUGUCCAAGCGGUUCAGGAACUACUUCAACUUUUCACAUCCUCUAAUUGCCAAUAACUUAGAUCCUAAUGAAUGUGCAUGGGCUUAUGGGAUGAACAUAUUUGACUUAAGGGCAUGGAGAGAGACAAACAUAAGAGACACGUACCAUGCCUGGUUAAAGGAGAAUCUACGCUCGAACCUGACGAUGUGGAAGCUAGGCACACUUCCACCAGCAUUAAUUGCAUUUAAAGGCCAUGUUCACGUGAUCGACCCAUCUUGGCAUAUGCUAGGGCUAGGGUACCAGAAGAAUACGAAUAUUGAGAACUUGAAGAAAUCUAGUGUGAUCCACUACAAUGGACAGGGAAAACCAUGGCUCGAAAUAGGCUUUGAGCAUUUAAGGCCAUUUUGGACCAAAUAUGUGAACUACUCAAAUGAUUUUAUUAGGAAUUGCCACAUAUUGGAAUAGUUUUGAUCUGCUAAAAGGUGUGGGGGGAGCUUAGUCAGAAGAUUGAGAAGUGGUGGGUGCUUGAGUUGUUGUAUGCAGCCGCCUAACCUGCCCAGAUUAUUGAGAAGUGGGUGGGGUGCAGCUGAAGAAGAAGUAUAUAUAGUAAUAGGAAAUGAUGUUUAUUAUGUCUUCUCUCAAAAUAGUAGUAGGGCAACUUUAAAACAGGAAGGCACAUAUUUUCAUGUUUUGCUCGAACUUUCCAGGUUUCUUAGGUUUUAGUGCGAAAAGCAAAUGCAAAAAUGGUCUGAUUCCAAACAUACAUGUCCUACUAAAGGAGGGGGACAAAGUUCUAACCAGACUCACUCUCUGUGUUGAGUUGGUUUAUAUUGACUUUUUUUUUGUUCUUCUUCUUUUAUUGUGUGUACAAUUUUGUGAGAAAAGAUUUAUGUUGAGAAGUAAAGAUCUUUUUUCCUUUUAUCUUC